CGCAUCCGGACGCUAAACCUGGCAACUCAUCACACGUACUAUGACAAAGACGGAAGACGGCGAUCUUUAUAAUAAUAAUAACAUUCGCGGCAAGAACAACAACAACAACAAGAACAGCAGCAGCAGGAAAAGCAGCGAAUCUAAUCCCUUUAUCCGCUUCAAGCAGAACGUCGACUCCAGCAUCCACUCGGCCUUGAGCACCUUGAGGGGUAGUGCUGCAAGUGCAGGUGCAGGUGCAGGUGCAGCGGAUCACUCCAGCCGGGAUCCGGACAACGCAACGUCAACGACGAUGGCCACUCCGACGAGGACAACAAUGACAACGACAACGACAACGGCAUCAACGACGGGGACGGACACGUCCCUCUCGAUGCUCACCCUUUCGGAGCAGCACCUCGAGUCCCGCAUCGCCCUCCUCGCCGGCGGCACCCCGGCCGAGGCGACCCUCGCCUGGCGCCUCUUCCUCACCCGCUCCGCCUACUCCCCGCUGCGGCUCGAGCAUGACCCGGAGCUGGGCCGACCAGGCCGCAAGCCCGUCCCGCGCGACGUAGACUUGUCGUCGUCGUCCUCGGCGCCACCACCACCAUCAUCAUCAUCAUCAUCCUCCUCCCGCGACUGGGACCGCGACAGCUGGCCAUGGGACGUUUUUGACGCCUCUCGCGGUGCCGCCGGCGGCGGCGGCGGCGGCGGCGGCAGUGAGUUCGGGUGGCUCGAGGCGUUUGAGGACCUGAUGCGCGUCAGCUCCGGGCUGGAGCUCUCGGACCUCGGCCGUCGCCGCCAGCAGCACCAUCAUCAUGUUGGAUUCCUCGGUGGCGGCUGGGGCGGUCUUGAUCAUUUCUUCCACCCCCUUCCCUGGUCGUGGCAUGAUCGGGGCGGAAUGGUCGGCUUUCCGGGCGGAUGGUGGGGAGGAAUGCGGGAGGUGGCCUGGUUGGAGCGGAUGCGCAGCCGUGGCCUGACCGAGGUGCUGUUCCCCGUGUACGAUCCCGGCAUGGGCUACCAGUCGCCGAGGACGAUGGCCGAGUGGGUGGAGCGGCGCCGGGCGGAGGAGAAGAGGGAGAAGGCGGCCGGACGGGCGUGGGAGGAGCUGCUGGGCGAGGGGAGGCGCGCCAUCGAAGAGGCGGAUUCCUGGGUGGAGGAGGCCAAGAGGGACAUGGGGAAGGAGAUUGAUUCGUGGCGCGAUGUGGCGGAUGAGAAAGGGUCGUCCUUCUUUGACGGCAUCGGAGGCGUCGUGAAGACGCUGGGCAAGGUGCUGGAGGAUGAGGUCAAGUCGCUGCAGCGCUUCGGCAAGGAGCGAGCUACGAAGCAAAAGGACGACGACGCCGUCGAGAAUCAGAAGACGCCCGAGACAGAGAAUGAUUUAUAUUCGGUGAUCCAGUCCGCCUUCCACGAGUCGGAGCGCUCGCUCUCCAACUUUUUCAAAUCCAUCUCGGAGGCCCGGCGCAGCGGCACUCUAGCCGAACCUAAGCCUGCUUCGCCGCCCAGGGUCGACACCACCGAGGUGGUCGAGGAUGGCAUCACCAAGAAGACUACGAAGAAGGAGUUUGUCGACGAGCACGGCAACGCGCACUCCAAGACCGAGACCACCUGGACAGACGACAAGGGCAACGUAAUCAUGAGACAGGUCCACAGCUCCGUGGGCCGUACCGACCGCUGGGAGAAGACCAUCACCCCAGCCCCCGCGAAACACGAUACGGAGACAAGCCAGGAGCCAAAGGAGCCGCCAAAGGAGCCGCCAAAGGAAGGAGGGUGGUUUUGGAAGUGACGCAUGGGCUGCUACGCUACACCAACCACUACACACACAUACACACACAGUAUGCAGUAUGUCAACAAAAGAGCGGAUGACUCGAGCACGUAACACUCCACUUCAAUGCGCCAACUCCACUCGAUUCGUUGCAAGUCGGGUUGCAAGAUGGAACCCGUGGCCUCUCAUUCACUGCAAAAAUACGGAUACACUAGUCUGCUAGUCUGCCGGUUUAUGUAGCUUAGUGCUUUUUGUUUACUCUAGCCAAACCUAAAAACAAGCACAUUCACCUGCGCAAUAGCAAUGUGAUGUGAUGUGAUGUGAUGUGAAUAUCCAAUUACACAAGAUGGUUGCUGC